AUGGCCGACCCAAUAUACGGUCGGAAUGCUGACUCCAUCGCCGACAUUGAAGACAGACUGUAUGAUAUAUUCGAGAACCACCCGGACUCGCAUCCCAACGAUGCUGGCGAACCUGUUAUCGGAGCGAACGCGCUCGUCGACGUCUUUCGAAUUUUCGGCGAGCAAUACACUGGUAGCGAACUUAUGACCAAGGAGGAAGAAGAGAUGCUGGCCCAAGUGCUAGAGUCUAAUCCUGGGCUCGAAGUCACACCACAAACUAUUCUCCAGUUCAUCGCCAUGAGGACGCAAGGUAACCCUGAAGGGCCGGCCUCUCAUUCCGACGACGAUCAGAGGGGACGACAGGACGAUCGUGACGCCUAUUCCGGUUCGUCGCGGUCAUCUAGCCGCGAGUCAGCCGUCUACAGGGGACAAGGCUCCCGGCCACCGUCCCGCGGGCCUCCGGUUCCCAAGACGCCGACGCAAACCAAUUCGCCCUUUGACUCCUCGCGACGCCAGCGAUCGACGCCGCUCGAGAAGACCGCGCCGUCGAGUUGGGCCAGGCGGCCUAUGCCACCGACUCGCAGGCUGAGCGAUGCCAGCAACUCAGGCCACACGGUUACCGAGUCCGAGCCCACCAGCCCAUCUUCCUACGGGCACCAUGGCCGACGCAUGUCCAACGGCGGGCCUCCCCCACUUUCAGCCUCUGCCUCCGAACCCGUCUUCUCCCCAUCCUCACACUCCGGCUCGCGUCCUCCCUCUCGAACGCACUCGCGCCCUCACUCGCGCGCACGAAGCCAGCCUCAGAUCCCUUUCAUGCCCAUGGGCUACCCCGCGCACUUCUCACCAGGGGAACGUCGUUCGCAUUCACCGGAAGACGAAUACCCGCGUGGGGGUGAGGAUUCGUUCGCCGAUACCACCAUCAACAGUGUACCCAUGCCAGGGGACGUGGAUUCUGACGAGGAAGUCGAGAGGGACCUUGAACUGGAGAAGCAACUUGGUUUGAUCACUGUGCGCUCUGCCACCAGUUCCAUGGUCUCCAUGGACGAGCAAGAACGCAUUGAAGCCUUACAGAGAAUCAACGACGAUCUUAAGCGAAAGCUGAUGGAAGCGUCGCGAACGCAUGAACAAAGGCUGGCGGAGCAUGAAUCCGAGUUGGAAGAGAUGCAGAUACGCCUGGAAGAGGCGAAGAGCGAGCUCAUGGCCACAAAGCGGGAGGAGAAAGAAUUGCGGAACAAGGAGCGAUCGAACAGCACGCAGAUCAUGGUGCUAGAGGCCGAAAUUUCCAAACUUCAGAAGAGCUUGGAGAAUGCCCGCACGGCUUACACCAGCCUUCAAAAGCAGUAUCAGGAACAAUGCGCGGAAUCGGAACGCUACCGCAACGAACUCCGUCGACGGGAUCAAGAACUCAAGGACUACCAAGAUGCUGCUCAACUGCAGCAGCUCGAGAACCAGAAGGUGGCCCGUGAGCGUACAUCGUACGACGAGCGCAUCGCCGUACUCGAGAACGAGCUCGCAAUCGCCCAGCAAGCCCACGCCCAGCUCGAUGAGCAGAAGCAGGAAAACCUCAUGCUCAAGGAGACCAUUGACCGUAUGCGGUUCGAUAUGGAUGAGCUGCGAACGACUCAACAGACUGGCGGCGGAGGUAGCGGGUCGUUGAGCAGGCAGACCAGUCUCAGCCGCACCCUAGGCGCUGAGCUACUUGGAAAAAUGGGACGAUGGGAAGAGGGUGCGGAUGAUGAACCGGAAGAGGAGGACGACAAGACCGCCGUGGACGAUGACGGGGAUGAGACCGAAGGCGAAGACGUGGUGCAGACUAUCAUCACACGCACGAAACGCCGGGUUGCGUCAAGAGCCAACAAAACAGAAACUAUACGCGUCAACGAGGUCAAGGAAUAUGCGGAUAUGUCCGUUCAGUACGAAACUGAAGGCUACUUCCUGUCCUGCUCGUCUCAAACCGAUCCGGAGCCCAAACUCAUCAUUGCAUCUUCCGGUAUCCAGACCGAGGACCGACCGGUUGUGACCUUCGCCAUUCAGACCGACCCUGAGGAACAGCCGCCGGCAAAGGUGACAAUGGAAAUGGAAAUUCAAACCGACGAGGUCGAAGAAGCUACAUCUGCGGAGGAAGAGCCGCUGGCUUCCUCUUCGUCCACCAUUUCUCCUCCCACGCCUAAAGCUGCCGCUGAACAGUUACACCCCCACGACUUGCCACCCACGUAUGCUCAAGUACAAGAGGAUCGUGAGGAGCUCGAAAGGCGCGUCGCAGGAGAGACGCUCACGAAAUGGCACCCUGGUAUGCAACUCCCGGUUCAGCCUAUUCGCGCCAUAUCCACAGAUGCGGUAGAAGAGUGGAAGGCGCUCAAGGAGGAACUCGGUGUCGACUGUGCUGUGAUCGAUAACAUUAUCGCGUCUACCCCAAAGACUGGACCGCGUCCCGGAGGCCCACAAGACUCACGUUCGCCACGGAAGAACCGGUUCUAUAACAUUUAUAACACAUAUGUUUACGGCAAUCGGGAGGAAGGCGGUAUACUUCCCUCCGGCACGGUGGUCCAGAUGCUCCUGUGCGCCGGAGCGUCUGCUGCUGUCUUCCUAGCGAUGAGCCGUUCGGUGUCUCCGCAGUACGUUGUUCCUGGGGCGCCCACUUACUACGAUCGUAUGGCCUGGUCAAGCUUCAACACUAUGCACGCAGGCGGCGAGGGAUUCCCGGGUGACGGCACCGCCGCCGUCUGGAACUUGUUUGGGCGACUUGGUGGCGGGGCUGCCCGGAUUGCCCGAGGAUGGCCCACUUAA